AUGGGUUCUGAAAAGUAAGUUAUUAUUCUUAUAUAAGACACAAGAAAGAAAAGAAAGAGAAAAAAGAGAAGAAAGAAAAGAAGGAGAAGAAAGAGAAGAAAGAAAAGAAGGAAAAAAAGGAGAAGAAAGUAAUUGCAUUUAUGAAUAUAGGAAUCAGAUGCAGGCAAAAAGAGAUCUAGAAAUGUUAGCAAGGAAAAAGAGAAAAAGAGAGAUGAAUUUUAAAAACCAAAGGCACCAACUAAAACAAAUGCAGAAUAAUCAAGGGGGUAAUUUCUAUUCAAUAAAUUACAAGAUUUCGUUUCGAUUCUCCACCAAAAGAUCCUUUAUAAAAUACUCCUUUCUCAAACUUUAAGAGUAAAUUAAUUGAGUAAGUGUCUUUGGGAGAAUUCGAAAGUAUUAUAUUAAAAUGAACAUUAGCCAUACUUCCUGCCAAUCCUCUUCAGAAUCCCUUGGCCUCUUUGGAAGCACUCUAAGCGAUGACACCAUUAAUUUAAAUGCAAAGAUUACAGUAAUUAAGAGCCUAAGCAGAUGUAAAAGCUGAUAGAAAACUUUAUGUUGGAAAUUUACCACCGAAUAGUCAACCAAAAGAAGUAUAAAUUAAUAUAGAUGUAUCAAUCAUAGCUCUAAGAUUUCUUGAAUUAAACAUUAUUGAAAAUGGGUGUUAGUUCAGAACACGCUGGUUCUAUCUGCAACUGUUGGAUUGAUUCGAAUGGUUUUAUUUUACGGUUAUGUGUUUUUAGGCCAUUUUGGUUUCAUAGAAUUUAGAUCUCCCGAAGAAGCUACGCAGGGUUUCAUUUUGAAGGACGUGAUUUUUAAAGGCCAUCAAUUGAAAAUUGGUAGACCAAAGUCAUUUUUGACUUCCUUAGCUGCUGUAAACCAAUAAAUGAUGAGUGAACAAGCAUGUAAUUAUGUAUUAUGAAAUUAAGUUAAUCCUUUGAGUAGCAUGAAAGGGAAUGAUAAGGACUCAUCCUCUCUUAUUAGCUUUAGACCACUUAAGUUGAUGGCCAGAUAUGUGUAAAUACCUACUAAUAUUUUAGUUAUUAAAAAUGUCCUGACUCUUGAAGAUGUUUAAUAUUUAUACCAAUAUAUAGGUUACGAUAGAUGAAGAAUUCAAUGACAUUAUGGAUGAUAUUAGAGAAGAAUGCUCUAAAUUUGGAACUGUGAAAAAUGUCAUUAUUCCAAGACCUGAAUUUGGUAAAAUUAUUAUUGGAGUCGGAAAAAUCUUUGUGGAAUAUGAAAAGACCUAAGAAGCUAGAACUGCCAGAAGAUAUCUAGCUGGUAGAAUGUAUGGUGAUAAGACUGUUGAAUGUGAAUAUCUAUCCAGGGAAAAAUGGGCUAAAAGAUAAUUUACAGAUCUCAAUGAGGAUAUUUUAAGAGAUAGAGAAGAACAAUAAAGGAUGGAUCAAUUGGAAUAAGAAAGAAUAAAAAGGUAAAUGCAAGAGGAAAUGCUUCAAGGGAAUUGAUUUAA